UGUGAAGAAAUUUGAGUAACUUCUCAGUUUCCAUCAUAGAGAAUUCUUAUAUUCAGGAUCAAAAUUCAAGACUUCUAAAUAUAAACCUUUGCUUUUGCCCCCAAAUAAUUUCCCAAAUGCGGGAAUUUAGCUUUGUCUGUAGUUGCCUUGUGUGCCUGGUAACUUUAAUUAAAAAACAUGUAAAGUAACAGUAUAAUACUAAUAUAUUCAAUAUCUUUACUACUUUCUAUAUUUAGAAUCACAAAACUCCAGUUAGAAUGCAUGCUUUAUUCCUUAAUAACGGGACAAGUCAUUUGACUGCUGUGAGCCUAUUUCCUCAUUUGAGGUUGUCAUGGCAUUGUGACUAGAUGAAUUCUGAUGUCUCCUGCCGCUUUUAAUCCUAUUUUCUGUCUUGGAGAACUUCAGAGCAUUCCACGAGUAACAUAAGAUACUUUCUACCUUCUAGAAUGAUGGUCAAAAUGAGAAAGGAAAGUGAUUACAUAAUUUAGCAAUUUAACCUUAGGCGUUUCCUUUAACAGAGAGAAUGUUAGCAUACAUUUAUGUUGGAUGUUGUACUGCAACUUUAUUAUUGAAGUUAAUUUCCUUUUUGUGUGUUUCAGUUUGUUGACUGAAGACUGAAAAGAGCAGAUGCUUAGUAUAGUAUUUGGCACAUAGUAGGCUCUUAAUUAUUGAAGAGUAGUGGGGAGGUGGCUUGGAGAAAUGCUCACCAGAUAGCUAAGUGUUUUUUGUGAAAGCAGCUUCUGGGUCACUGGUAGGUUUCAUUCUACUUGAGGCAGAACUUUUGUCUAAUAAACUGCUUACUCUAUCCCAUGGUAUGUAACUGUUUUUCACUCUUGUGGUCCAGGUAUAGUAUCAUCAACACUAAGCAACUCUUCCUGCUUGGUGAUUAAUUUCUUAGUGCUAUAAGGGUGGCCUGAAAAUUGUAUAAGGACAUCUGAUAAUGUUCACCAUGAACUUUUCUGUAUCUCUUGUGUAAUUAGUACAUGUUGUAGGGUCUGCUGUAAUUAUGUUGUGUGGUCGAAUCCAUUUUGCAUACUGUUGCUCAUUCGUUCUGGCUAGGAUCUUGCAAAGAGUGUCAAGAAAGCUGAAACAAUUAGGACAUUUUCUAUGUUUUAUUGUAAAACUGGAAGGUGGUAGUGUGUGCAGCAUAAAAAAGCUGUAACUACAGCUUCAGAGUUCCUAGGUUCAAGUACUGCCCCUUUUUGACAUAAAUAAACUUAGCUGAGUGACUAUGAGGAUAUCACUUAACAUUUUGCUCUCAGUCAGCUAACUCUUAAGGUAAAUUUCCAAACAAUUGCUGAUUUACAUUAGUGGAGAUAGUUUCCUUUCUUGGAAUUCUAGUUCCUUACAUGAUGAAUCAUGAGGUCCAGUCAAAAAAGACUUACAAAAUAACAUUUGCCAUCAUUAUGGUGUAGGAUGAUCAAUUCUAAAAUAAUUUAACUUAAUAUAGUGAAAAGGGAGAAUCCCCAAAACAAUUGACUUACAUAAUAAUUGUAAGGUCCCAUAUAUAUAAAUAUAUAGUAUUGUAUAUUAAGGAAAAUAAGUCACAAAGCUGCCUUUUAGAUUUCUAAGUUGGUAAACUGGAAAUUUAUUGUGCACAUUAAUUUAUCUGCAGAAUAUGCACAGUGUGUUCAUAAUCUCAUACCACACUUAAGGAGUCUUAGAAAGAUAAAUUACUUUGAAUUAACUGGAAAAUAACAGUAUUUCAAAUUAAACACGACUUUGAGUAAACAUCAGCUUUGAAAGGUUUUACUAAAGUUGGGAUCUUAAAAUCAUAAAAAUGUAUUAGGAUGAACAUCUAAUUAUAGGUAAAUGUGAGCUGAACAGUUCCAUAAAAGGUAGGUAACUAUAAAUGUAUUCUACGUGACAGAAAAAUAAAAAAAGGAAAGACUUCAGAGAUGAGCUAUCUUGAUAUUUUUAUCCAAUGUGUAGGGUGGUACACAUACAUCACAGCUAUAACAGAGCCAUCUCUUGGUUCAUUUUUUAAAAAUACAGAACUAGCAGCCUGUCUUAAGAGCUCCUCUGUACUUGGUUUUCAAUAAGGAAAUGGAAGAUAAAGUAACUAGUCCAGAGAAAGCAGAAGAAGCAAAAUUAAAAGCAAGGUAUCCUCAUCUGGGACAAAAGCCUGGAGGUUCAGAUUUCUUGAGGAAGCGACUACAGAAAGGACAAAAGUAUUUUGACUCUGGGGAUUACAACAUGGCUAAAGCAAAGAUGAAGAACAAGCAGCUUCCUACUGCAGCAGCUCCUGACAAAACAGAGGUCACUGGUGACCACAUUCCUACUCCGCAGGAUCUUCCACAGCGGAAACCAUCUCUUGUUGCUAGCAAGCUGGCUGGCUGAUUAAAAGAGCUGAACUGCAUGAAUCUCCUCAUUCCUGUUAUUUCUCUCAAACAUGUUACUUCUCAGCUUUUUUUUCCUUUCAUACACUAAGUCAUUGAGACUGACAGCUUUGCAGGUAGCGGUAGUGUGUGCUGCUAUUGUUAAGGAAGUAAACUUAUGAAUAAACUGUAGUACUUUGGACUAGUUGAACAAUGCACUGAUGAAAAGGACACGUUAGAGCAAUGUAAAGUAAUCUACUUGAAAAUAAAUGUAUAUAUUGCCUAUUCCUUAGUGUAGGACUGGUUCCAGCAAGUAAUGAGCAAGUUUUACAGUUUCACUGUUUUGGCUUUCCUUAUUCCUCUUAAUUACAGCUUUAUAUGUUUGUGUUAUUUAAUAUAAUCUAUUGUGUUGGGGUUUUUUCUGUAUUUUUCUGUUUGCUUUUGUAAAACAGAGGUUUAAGACCACAAGUUGUUAGAUCAUGUAUUUAAAAUAAACACACACAAACAUACACACACACAUACAAACACAAGAUGGGAUUCUGAAUGAUUUCUAUCUCUGCUCUUAAACUUGAAUGGCCUUAAACCUGUUUCAGCUUUAACAAUAGAAUUUUACUUGGGCAAUAUUUGCCCAUCCUAAUGUAACCUUUUGUGAAUUGUGUGCUUAUUAACAGAUGCCCGUUGAAGCUGGGGGUGUUUUUUGUUUGUUUGUUUUAUUUUGUUUUUCAGUUCAAUAGUGUUAGAACACCUUUUCUUUUGAAGAUGUGAAUGAAGUGUGCAUGUGCAUAGACUGUUGAAUUCACUUUUGUGCCAUUUUUGUAAAUAUAAUAGUUUUGCACAACCUCUCGCAAAUGUCUGUAUUAAUUUCACACUUUUGAACAACAGAUGAUGUGCCAACCAGAAGCACAAAGAGUUCCCACCCCAAACUCUCUACAGUAAGAAUUUUGUAUAAGUAAGAGUAGUUUACAAUCUUGUAUUUGGAGAAUGACAAACUGAAUACUCUACUUAUUUACAUACAGACUUGUGUUUUCAUCUGUUAACUAAUGCCCAUGACAUUCAGUGGCCUUUGUGCAUAUACGAUAUGUUACUUAGGCAUAUCUUUUGUCCUAUGCAGAACUUCAUUGUGACUUAAGAAAUUACAAGUCAUAUAAUUUGUAAGAUUUUUUUUUAAUGGAGAAUAUUUUUACUUUCACACUCAACUUGCUGAAAACUCUAGAAUAAAAAGCCUUCAGGGCUUUAACCCCAUUUCUUGAUAUUAAUUUGACAUAUUUAAGAGCAAGAGUCGCCAUUUUGUGCAUUUGAUAGUAGAAGCAUAUGCUUAAUUUAUAAUUGUUCUGCUGAAUUCUGUACUUAAGACACACUAGGAUGAUAUUUUCUUAUUGCUAAGUAGUUAUUAAAUCCUGAUCCUGUGUAACUAGUAUUUGACAACUAAAUGUACAAAUAAAAGGGAAUUUUGAAGAAGUAAAUACUUGAAGACUGACACCCCAAAGACAUAAGUCAAAAUGUAUGGAUCUGUAAUGUAUUAAUAAAUUUUUUUUUCAGUACUAAA